AUUCAGAGAGUGACGAUUACAACUAAAAGGAAGGAUUUAGUGUGAAAGUCACCUAGCCAAGAUGAUGAGACCCUGGUUCUUUUUGUGUCUAUCGGUCUUAGCUCUUCUCUAUAUGAAACCGGCAUCGAGUAUGCCUGGGACCUCGGAGGAAGGCAGUGCUCAUUCCGGCGAAGGCAGUGAUCAUUCCGGCGAAGGCAGUGCUCAUUCCGGUGACGGCAGUGCUCAUUCCGGUGACGAAGGCAGUGCUCAUUCCGGUUCCACAGGAGGUAAUAGCUUCGAACUACCAGCGGAAGCCUCCCCCCAAAUGGCAGGAGGUGAAAUCCAGAACGCGCCACAGUUUCCUCCGUCACCGGAUUCAACCGACGAGGAUCAAACUUACGAGCCAAGGCUCCACGGUCCCAAACCUUGCCGGAACAAGAAACCCACGCCGCAGGACAACAAGUUCUGCCAGGACGAUUGCGACCACAAGUACAGCACACCCCCGAGACAGGUCGGGACCGCCUCUUGGACGGUCGGCAAGUGCAAGGGGAAAAAGUGCAAGUGCACAUUCAACUACGCGGCUUACGGAAAAUGGAUCAAAUUGAAAGAUAGAGUGACAACCAUGGGUGACCCUAACAAGUUGAAAAAGUUGGUUAUGAAGAGGUGCGACAGGGAGGCGAAGGGAGGAUCGUCGGGUGGGGGUGUCGUCGAUGAGAGCACUACAUUGGAAAGAUUCGAUCUUGAUUAGUGGCAAUCUCAUUCGAUAUAUCGAGUAGAAGUUACUGUUGUUAAGAGAGUGUGGACGGAUAGAGUUCUUAUAGUAGGGGGAAUAUCGCCAAAAAGUCACCGAAAAAAAAAUCUCGGUGUAUUUACUAAGAAA